GAUUAAUUAGUCUCAAAAUAAUUGAUAUAACACUAUAAUUAGUGUAAACCGAUAACGUUUACUAUUCUACAUUUGUAAUUGACACUCUUUUUGCCUAUUUUAGGUCGUAAUGGAAGUACAUGUAUUGUGAUUAAUCACACAGGCGAUGGAUUUUGUUUAUGUUCACCAGACCACGCGGGUCCGUAUUGUGAAUACAUUACACCAAGUGCAUGCCGAAAAAAAUGUCAGAAUGAAGGACAAUGUGCUGUAAUUGAUAACAAGUAUGGGCGAUGUAUUUGUCCAAAAGAUGUAACUGGUUCCUAUUGUGACGCACCUCUACAUCCAUGUGCUCCAAAUCCAUGUAAAAACGAGGGAAUAUGUGUCCACGAAACUACGCCACCGAAUCAUUAUAAAUGUAUUUGCACGUAUGGUUACUCUGGUGAGAAUUGUACGGAAAAUUUGAAUCGUUCCUUUUGUUCAUCAAAUCCAUGUCAAAACAAUGGAACGUGUCUUGAAAGUCCAAUAUCGGGAGAUGGUAUUUGUAGAUGUGACGAAGGAUUUGGUGGUGCAUUUUGCCAAGAAAUGAUAACGUGUGGUAAUCGGUCGUGUGCUCAGUAUCAAGUGUGUCUGGCUGAAACGUGUGCAAAUGUCACUGGAGAACUCUAUUGUCUGUUACACGAAUGUGAACAUGGGGGAACGUGCGAUCAAGAAACGAGAAUUUGUCAAUGUCAAGAGGGCUUUGGGGGACCUAGAUGUGAAUUGAGAAGUAAUUUUUGUAUACAAAAUCCUUGUAUGAACAAUGGAACUUGUAUAGCGGCGACGAGUAAAUGUAUGUGCAAUAGUAAAUAUACAGGAAAAUAUUGUGAAAAUAAGCGAUUUUUAGAAAAGAAAAGAAAACCGUAA